AUGGGCCCCCAGCCCAGGGCCGUCUGCUGCCUGUUCUUCCUGCUGCAGAGCCUGGCCGAGCCCACCCAGGACUCCGACUUCCACCUGGAGGGGGAUUACCUGCUGGGUGGGCUCUUCAGCCUCCACGCCAACGUAAAGGACACCGUCCACCUCAGCUUCCUGCAGGUGCCCCAGUGCAAGGAGUACGAAAUGAAGGUGCUGGGCUACAACCUCAUGCAGGCCAUGCGCUUUGCGGUGGAGGAGAUCAACAACCACAGCGCCCUGCUGCCGGGCGUGCGGCUGGGCUAUGAGAUGGUGGACAUCUGCUACAACUCCAACAGCAUCCAGCCCGUGCUCUACUUCCUGGCGCAGGAGGACGACUUCCUGCCCAUCCAGGAGGACUACAGCCAGUACGUGCCCCGCGUGGUGGCCGUCGUCGGCCCCGACAGCUCCGAGUCCACUAUAACUGUGGCCCACUUGCUUUCCCUCUUACUCCUUCCUCAGAUCACCUACAGCGCCAUCAGCGACCGGCUCCUGGACAAGCAGCUGUUCCCGGCGCUGCUGCGCACGGUGGCGGGCGCCGACCACCACGUCGAGGCCAUGGUGCAGCUGAUGGUCCACUUCGGCUGGAACUGGGUCAUCGUGCUGGUGAGCGGCGACGACUACGGCCGCGAGAACAGCCAGCUGCUGAGCGAGCGCCUGGCGCAGCGCCGCAUCUGCGUGGCCUUCCACGAGGUGCUGCCCACGCCGCAGCCCGGCCGGGGCCCGAGCGCGCAGGAGCGCCGGCGCCUGGAGGCCAUCGCCGACAAGCUGUGGCUCAGCACGGCGCGCGUGGUGGCCGUCCUGGCGCCCGACCUGGCGCUGCACGGCUUCUUCCGCGUGCUGCACCGCCGCGACCUCACGGGCACCGUGUGGAUCGCCUCCGAGUCCUGGGCCAUCGACCCGGUGCUGCACAGCUUCCCCGAGGUGCGCCGCGCGGGCACCUUCCUGGGCAUCACCACCCGGAGCGUGCCCAUCCCGGGCUUCAGCGAGUUCCGCCUGCGCCGGGAGGCGCGCGCCCCUGCGCCCGGCCGGCCCGGCACCUGCAACCAGGAGUGCGCGCAGUGCCACGGCGCCGCGGCGGCGCACAGCAGCAUCCUCACGCUCUCCGGGGAGCGCGCCGUCUACAGCGUGUACGCCGCCGUCUACGCCGUGGCCCACGCGCUGCACGCCUUCCUGCGCUGCACCCAGACCCGCUGCCCCAAGGCCGUGGUCUACCCCUGGCGGCUCCUCCAGGAGAUCAAGAAGGUCAACUUCACCCUCCUGGGCCACCAAGUCUUCUUCAACCACCAGGGGGACCUGCCCCUGAGCCUGGACAUCGUCCAGUGGCACUGGGACACCAGCCACAACCCUUUCCGGAGCGUGGCGUCCUACUGCCCCGUGCAGCGGCAGCUGAAGCUCCUCCAGAACAUCUCGUGGCAGACCCCCAACAACAGGGUCCCCUUGUCCACGUGCUCCAAGGACUGCGAGCCUGGACAGAUUAAGAAGCCCGUGGGCAUCCACCCUUGCUGCUUCCAGUGUCUCGACUGCCUCCCCGGCACCUUCCUCAACAAAACUGCAGACGAGUACGACUGCCAGCCCUGCCCGCGCAACAUGUGGUCGCACAGGAAGGACACGUCCUGCUUCCCGCGGCGGCUGGCCUUCCUCAGGUGGCACGAGGCGCCCACCAUCCUCGUGGCCACGCUGGCGGCCCUGGGCUUCCUCGGCACCCUGGCCGCGCUGCUUCUCUUCGGGAGGCACGUCCAGACGCCCGUGGUCCGCUCGGCCGGCGGCAACAUGUGCUUCCUGAUGCUGGUGCCGCUGCUGGGGGCAUACGCCCUGGUGCCGCUGUACGUGGGGCUGCCCACGGUGCCCGCGUGCCUCAGCCGCCAGGCCCUGGUGCCCCUCUGCCUCACGCUCUGCAUCUCCUGCACUGCCGUGCGCUCCUUCCAGAUCGUCUGCGUCUUCCGGGUGGCCCGCCGCCUGCCGCGCGCCUACGGCUGCUGGGUGCGCUACCACGGGCCCUACCUCUUCGUGGCCCUCACGGUGCUGCUGAAGAUGGCCACGGUGGCGGGCAGCGUGCUGAGCAAGCCCACCGACCUCUCGGCCCGGGCCGACCCCGGCGACCCCCAGGUGCUCAUCCUCGCCUGCAACCCCAGCUACGGCAGGGGGCUGCUGGCCAACAGCGGGCUGGACCUGCUCCUGUCCGUGCUGGGCUUCUGCUUCGCCUACGCGGGCAAGGAGCUGCCCACCAGCUACAACGAGGCCAAGUUCAUCACCUUCUGCAUGACCUUCUACUUCGCCUCGUCCGUCUUCCUCUGCACCCUCAUGUCGGUCUACGAGGGCGUGCUCGUCACCUUCCUGGACCUCCUGGUCACGGUGCUCAACCUCCUCUGUUUCACCCUGGGCUUCUUCGGCCCCAAGUGCCACACCAUCCUCUUCCACCCCGAGCGCAACACCCAAGCCUACUUCAACAGCAUCAUCCAGGGCUACACCAUGGGGAGAGACUAG